AUGGCGAUUGAGGAAGUACAUCCCAUGUCUCUCAGGCCAAAACCAACUUCUUGGCUUGAAAGCCUUCCAACCGAGGUUCUACAAUCUAUUUGCGCCCAUUUCUGUCGGCACUGUCGGGGCGACGUUCUUAUUACUCUCAAAAAUCAUCCAUGGACCUAUGAAACUACCUCAGAUGGCAAUAUCAUUGUGGCCAAUGCUGAGCCUGCCCAAGAUCUUUGUGCUCUGAGCCGCGUGUCACGUCGGCUCCGGGAUGUCGCCCAACCAGUCUUGUAUCACGAAUUCCCUAAUUUCGAACAUCGUGAGAGGCGCUUAGAGCCAUUCCUGAUAGCCGUUGCGUCCCGACCCGACCUGGCAAGGGCAGUCAAGGUCAUGGCUUGGAAUUCAAACCUCGCAAACCAUCUAGAUAUCGUCCGGGCCCGAAAGGGCUACCAUCAAGGACUCAAAGCUCUGGGAAUCGAUGCGAACCAACUUUGGCGUGAGAGACGCGACGAUCGUCUCCAGCUGAAACAUCAUAAAGCGUUGCACACAUUCAUUUUUGGGGACAGAUACAAUGAUCCCCGUUCCUACAACUCGCAUCUUUGGAGAGCUGCCUGCGCCGAGAUCCUGAUUCUACUCCUUGCUUUACUGCCCAACCUGACUACCUUUAUAGCUGAUGGCGACUGCGACAUGUUUUUUUCGCCAUCCGCCUUAAGAGUAUAUGGCGUCAAUAGUAUAAAGCUAAGGCAACUUCUGGCAACUCACCUCCCUCAUGUAAUUCUUGACGUGGCACCAGAUCUGGAACAUUUGGUAAUCGGACACUUUAAUCCACGCAAUAUUUACUCCCCUAUAUCGAGUAAGAUACUUGGAGUGAUAGGCUAA